GCCUCCUCACUGUCUCCUUGUCGGUGGCUGGCCAAGCUCCUCUCCCUUGUGUCCUGCUCUCCACCUGGCCUCCAUGAGUUUAACUGAGGACAAGCCAUUCCUCUAUGGAAGAUGGGAAAUGCUUCAGACACAUCUGUUGUGUUUAACUCCAGCAUCUCCGAGGAGCAGGACAUCCUCAUGGGUUCACUCUACAGCGUCUUUUGUAUACUGUCCCUCAUGGGCAACUGCACUCUGCUGCUUGUUGCAUAUCACAAGCGGUCGACCCUGAAGCCAGCUGAGUUCUUCAUCAUCAAUCUUUCCGUCAGUGACCUUGGGAUGACGCUCUCUUUAUUCCCACUGGCGAUACCAUCAUCUUUGACACACAGGUGGCUGUUUGGAGAAAUCGUCUGUCAGAUCUAUGCAAUGUGCGGAGUACUGUUUGGUCUAUGCAGCUUGACCAACCUCACAGCCCUCUCCUUAGUGUGCUGCCUUAAAGUCUGCUUCCCCAGCCAUGGUAACAAGUUCUCCUCGUCACACGCCCGCCUCCUGGUCGUCGGAGUGUGGUGUUACGCGUCUGUGUUUGCUGUAGGGCCCUUGGCACAGUGGGGACAUUACGGCCCCGAACCUUAUGGCACAGCCUGCUGCAUUGACUGGCAUGCACCCAACCACGAGCUUUCGGCUUUGUCUUACAUUGUCUGCCUUUUCGUCUUUUGCUAUGCACUGCCCUGCACCAUCAUCUUCCUCUCCUACACUUUCAUUCUGCUGACAGUGCGAGGGUCACGCCAGGCCAUCCAGCAGCAUGUGUCACAACAGACCAAGACCACCAAUGCACACGCUCUCAUUGUCAAGCUGUCAGUAGCAGUAUGUGUAGGCUUCCUGGGUGCCUGGACUCCAUAUGCUGCGGUGGCCAUGUGGGCUGCUUUUGGAGACGCCACACGGGUUCCUGCUAAUGCAUUCGCACUCGCCGCCGUGUUGGCCAAGUCUUCCACUAUCUACAACCCUAUGGUCUACCUGCUGUGCAAGCCAAACUUCCGCGAGUGUCUCUACAGAGACACGUCUAUGUUACGACAGAGGAUCUACAGGGGAAGCCCCCGGUCCGAACCGAAAGAACGUUUCGGGUUGACCUCGCAGCGCAACACGGACAUGAACAUCUCCAUGCGUUUCUCAAAUGGACAGCAGGAGAGCUAUGGGGCGUGUCUGCACUGCACUGAGACUGCAGCCCCCUGUCAUUUGACCGCACCCCAAAGGACUGCCUGCGUCCUGACAGGUUCCAGCUACACAGAGGUGACAGUUAGCCAGCUCUCUACGAAACCACAGGCUGAUUUUCUCUAGUGGUACAACCUCCUUCUUUCAUGAAGCAAACAAGACCAGACAUAAGCUCACAAAGACAAGAGAGAACACCAGGCAUGGACAACAAAACAACAAAGGGCCUGCACAAGUUAUAGUAAGAGUGUGUCGCCAAGACUUGAUAGAAUAGCAACAUCACAGGCUUGCAGGGCAAUGGCAUCCUUCCUGAAAGUCACUCAUGAAUGGCCCUUUCAUUGUGAAGUUCAAAAUUCAUUGUGAGAUUCAAAAUCAGCAUUAACUUCAUCACUGAAGAUUUGCCACAGAAAUGUAUGCAUGUAAUGUUUCAAUGUCUACAUCUGUGUCCGCCUGUUUCCGGUCUCAUUCUAAUAUGCAGUUAUUAAACUGGGUUUUGCAGGAGCAGAUCCAACUCUUGGUGGCUUCCAGGUUAAUUAGGCAAAUGUGUGACAUUUCAAAGCAGCUCAUCAUCGUAUGCAUAAUGUCAGGAUAAGCCAUGUUAAAUAUCUGGCAGGCGCAACAAAACACAAAAAGAGAUAUGUAAAAUGAGGAUGUAGAAAGAGAUGAAGAAAUUGUGUAUGGUCCUUCCUGUGAUAGCAAGACUAACUAACGUUAGUAUGUUACCAAUUAAGAUCAAGCUCUGUUUUCUGUCUCAAGUGUUGCAUGUUUGCUGACACCUGGGUGGGGAAGAUGUUAAAGGGAUACGCAACCCAAAAUGACAGAUGCCGUUUUCUGUAGCAGCCAAUUCAAGCCUUCAAAGAGGUAUUUGAUGCCUGUCAUUCUCCUACUGUAGACUGCAGGAUGAAACAGGCAAAAAUGACUUUGCACACUGUAAACCUUAAAACUCUAAUUUGGACGCUGACAGAAAGGUCAAUUUCACCUCAUAUGUAAGCAUUCAUUUUGACAGAUAUUAUUCAGAAUUUUAAAUUAGUGACAACCACCCACCCUUUUUUCUUAGAGGAUUCCUUAACUCUUGUUGUUGUGGGACACCUCUAAUAUCCUAAUUGACGAUUUAAAUAUUUUCUUAAUUAUGUUUUUGAAUAUCACACAUUAACAGAGGUGCAAACACAGAAGUGUCUAUCAUCUCUAACGCAUAUUAUGUAUGCCUAUUUACUGUAAAAUAAAUAAAUGAAUAAGCCAUCAAUUAAAAUAAAUCUCUUUUGAUUUGAAUCAAUUAAUAACCACGUCUGAUCGUACACACAUCACUUUGCUAUAUUUAAUUCUACUGUCCCUGUACUGUGUUUAAUGUCUUUAUGUGAGCAUAUAAAGCGAAGCAAACUGUAUGUGUUGAUCAAAACCAAUUCUUGUGCAGCUUAAUUUACUAAAGAAAUAAAAACAUUGAAUAAUC